AUGUUCUUUUUGGGCUAUAUCAUCAAGGUUGUCUCUGUGCUGGAUGUUGGGCAAGGCAAGGUCGUGCCGAACACGGGGCUGGCAGAGUUCAAGAGCAAGUACCAGGCAAUCGUGCUGAAGCCCUUCGUCGGUGGUAUGAGCCGCUCACCGCAGAUGGGAUUCUUUGCAGAGGUCGGGCCGUUGAGCAUCUUUGUGUCUUCGCACUUGCUUCCUAUCGACUACAAGUUCCAGCCAGAUGCGAAUCCGCCGGAGUUCACGUCGCCGACAGAUAAACUCGUGAAAGGGCGCAAAGUGCGGCUCCGCAUUGUCGGCACGCGUGUGGACGCCAACGAGAUUUUUGCGAUUGGAACCAUGAAAGAAGACUAUCUAGGGCCUUUCGACUAG